AUGGACGCUGCAGGGAACGACGCCUUGGCUGAGGGCCGGCGCAUCUACUUAGGCAAUCUCCACUACGUCCUCAAGUCGCAGGACAUUGAGGAGUUUCUGCUCCAGAAUGGCUUCGACGACAUUGAGAACAUCCACGUCUCUGUCGACCCCGUCAGCGCUCGCAACCCGGGCUACUGCUUUGUGGACUUUGCCGAGCGGGCCACCGCUGAGCGAGCUCUGACUGAUCUCAGGGCAAGUCUCCGUGGCCGUGAGGUCAAGGUCGGUCCAUGCGAGCCUAGGAAGAAGCGCAAUGGAGACGGCCGGUCUACCUUCCAGCGCGGGGGUGACUGGAGAUCCCCCUCUGGCGACGAUGGCCAGCAGCAGUUCCAGAGCGAGCCUAGGGAGCAGAGGCCCCGAAGAGACUUCAACCGCUCCGACGAGGUGGCCGAUGAGUCUCAGGGAAAGCGACUGUACGUUGGAGGACUGGCCAAGAACCUGGACCAGGAGCAGAACAACCAGGAGGUUAUGGACAUUUUCACUGGAUUCAACCCCUCAUACAUUGGCAAGCGCAUCACCCCCCAUGAGAGCACUCGCAGCCCCGCUGGAACCUACUACUACUGCUUCGUGGACUUUGAGACCAAAGAAGAGGCCGAGGCCGCCAUGCAGGCCCUGGAUGGUGCCCAGUACGACGGAGGCGUGCUCAAGGUCUCCCUGGCCAAGAGGACGGACAGACAGUCCACCCGCCCCAAUGCGACAUCAGACCGCAACAACGGCGGCCAGGGACGCGGAUGGCGAUCCUCCAACACCCCCCGAACUGAGGGCGGAGCACCGCCACCGGCCAGAGCCAUGGGAUCCAACAACUGGCGCCAGAGGACCGCCGAGUAG